AUGACUUUUCCACUUACUUCACCCAUCACACAAAACAGUGUUAGGCAGACAUGGAGAGAGCAGACUUAUUACAGAGACUGACUCUUGGAAACUAUAAUUACACAAAAUAGUAGGAGUGAAGAAAACAGCCCCUCAUUUUGUCAAUUUUUUUUUUUUUUACACACGUGUAAACUGAGUAACUUCUGCAGUCACACAGAUCGGCGAGCAUGGAGGAUUUCAGGCGAAGCAGAUGUGACAGUCUGGAUGUAGGGUCAAGGUGUGACAAGGAGGCGAUGAGCCCGAGUGACUAUAUCCCCCUCUACCACGAGGGCUGUGACCCCGCAGUCAUCCUCGAGCCUACACCAGCAGAGCUGGCUCAGUGUGAGGCUGAAGUGGGCACGCUGCUCAACAUCAUUGCUGAACUGAACAAGAAGAUGGGGUCACUAAAAGCACCGAGUGAACCAGAUGACACGAGACCGCCGGCUCCAUCCAGGCCUCUGGUUCCAGAUCUUCUGUCUCACCGGCUCGUUAGAAGCAGCCCAGAAAGAAACAGCCCAACAUCUAAACCUCCGCUGAAUGACCAAGGAGGCAGUGGUGUUGUCUGGAGCAAACUCCAGGAGGUCUUAUCAUCAGUGGAGGACUCCAUCAGCUUCAGAAGGACCUGGGCGGCCCCCAUCACAGCUUCUGACCAGGAAAAGCACAGAGAACAUCUGAGAGCAGCUCAAGAGAACUGGGUUAAAGCCAGCCAGAUAUUGGAAGAGAUGGAAAGAGAGUUUGGGAUUUCAUGCCCGUCAACCUUCCCAAGAGACCAGUACCAGGAAGACACGCUGGAUGGGGACAAACAGGAGUCUGCUCUCAGAAGCCUGCCACAGAGCAGCAUCAGCCCGGUGGAAGAGGAGAAGCACAAGCUGGUUGGUCUCCAUAAAGCCUGGAGGUCUGGCGGCCACAUUCCUUCCUACCGGUCCACUGCUGGGGCCCUAAGUCCAGACUGGGCCCUGCCUCCCUAUCCCGGUUCACCUUUACUCCACAGGAGAGCCAACAGAGCUGUGACGCCUCUGACUGUGGGUGGGGAUGGAUCUCCACUGGGAUCAGUUAACUCGGGCAGUCCCUGUCCCAGCCCCCUCAGCCUGGAGUCUGAGACAGAGCGGCUCAACAGAUGCAUCGAGAGGCUGAAGGCCAGAAACGAACGUCUCACUGCAGCUCUGGAGCGAAGGAAAGGAGAGUCGGAGCAGAUCAAUCUCACGCUAAACAGGCUUGAGUCCGACUGCUCGGCCCUGCAGACGGCUCUCAGAUACUGUGAGGAGUGUGAAGAGGCCUACGGCGAGCUACUGUCGCUUUAUGACGCCAGGAAGCAGCAAAGCAGUCCUCAGCAGAGUGUCUCAGCAGAGCCAAUCGGUGACAGUCAGGACCCAGACAGUCCAUUAGCUCAGCUGAGGAAAAUGGGAACUGAAGAGCUGUCCACCUCCUUCUCAACAGCAGGGGUCACAGAGGAGACGGAAACACCGAGUCACACGGGGCAGAGGACGCCCGAGGAUCGGGAGGCGGCUCUCCGGCAGCAAAUUGAGCGCCUGAAGAGGGACCGCGCAGCCAUUUGCCUCCCUAAGGCAGGUCCGGGAGUAGAGGCCAGACUGAGCCCACCUGGACAAAGAGGGGGUCACAUGACUAAAGACAAACCUGCUGAUAACAAGAAGGAGAAGGCUUCCCUGUUUUAUGAACUGAUCUCAGUCAGGGAGGAGAUGUCAGAUCUGCGAGCUUUAAUCCGCCUCAAGGAGAAAGAGCUGAGGUGUCUGGAGUGGAGUUUAAUGGGGCAGAAGGCUCAGGGAGCAGCUGGAGUCUUCAUCCCAGAAGGUCUCCAAGAGGAGGUGGGGGAUCGUAGGACUGAACAACAGAGGCUCUGUGAGAAUGCAGCGAAGCUCGGUUGUGAAGGGGACGUCGUUGGUUAUAGGACAAGACCCAUCCUGAAAGAGCUGCAGGCGGUCCUGCAGAGGGAGCAAGCCUUGAAGAAGCGGCUGGCUUUGGUCCAUGAGUCACUGAACGCGGCCGUCUCAGACAGUUCCUCCCACAGGAGGGACAAUGCAGAGCAGAUAGCUCGCCUCACACAAGCUCACAGCAAAGCCUUGAGUUCGUACCGUCAGAUACGGAGGAAGUAUCGGGAGCAGGUGUGGCGGCUGGAGCAGAAAUUGGCGGCCUCGAUGGAGAGUCGACACGGCCAGGGCGGAGCUGCAAAAGCUGCAGAGGAAGCCUUGGAGUGGAGGAGGGAAGAGACUGUUUUAUAAGACAUCAAGUCUUCGCUGAAAGCCAUCUCGACAUCCACAUCUUAAUCACAUCAGCUACAUGUACAAAUAUGACGAAUAUAGAUUUCUGCUUUUAUCUAUUUUAUAUUAGGUGCUUAUAUUUUUAGCUUUCUUCUGGCCCUGUAAAGAAUAUCUAUUUAUGUAGCGAUCAUUAAUGACAUCCAGCACUUUCUUUGGCUCUUAGGGGGUAAAAAAUAAAACAUAGAAAACACUGUGAUUUUUACCUUUUCGAUGUUUGUAAGAUUUAUCAAUAAACUGAAUUGCACUCUAAAGCUUCGCGUCUCUAAAAGGAUCCACACGUCAGAAGACACAUUGGACAAACAGCCGGGACUCAAAGACUGAGCCCACUGAAGGCCUCAGGACUGAUCUCAACAGUGCACGCGUCCAUUUUCCUGUAAAUGCCAACAAGCUGCUCCCAGUCAUCCCUCCUUUUGCGACCGAGCAGGGUUAGUAGUCGACAUAGUAGCGUACCUACUGUGUCAUUUUCUAAGCUUCGCUUCGCACUCAUAUGUCCAAACUUACCUUGUGUAUGGUUAUUGUUCAGCUAUCUGGAAAUAUCUGCCUUGUACAUUUGUGCUGUAAUCCAAAUAUACUGAGGAACACGUUCCUGCAAAGGAGACACACUUUGUGCCUCCUUUCCUGUAAAAUACCCAGACGUUAGUCAAUGUUAAGUUAUUCCAUAAUAUAGUCCGACCCUGAAAAGUACGGCGUAUCUAUGUUGUUUGUUUUUCUGCUAAAUCACCAGGAAAUGACACAGUAUUUAAAUGUACUUAUAAUAUAAUUAUUUCUUUAUACCCUGUAAAAACCUUACUUGUUACCUCUUUAUUCUAGUGUACCUAUUUCUUGGUCAGUAAUGUGCACUGAGGAAAUAUGUUGUUUUUUAAAUUAUUAUUUCUAAAUUCAGUGGAUUGACCCUUUAAGACCCCGGCUUAUUGAGCUUCUCAUCUUGUCACCCACUCGUUCAUAUUUCAAUCUCUCUGCCUUUACUCUUUAUUUCCUCCCCCUCCAUCUUCCCUGCUCUCAUCUCUCACCCCUCGCCCUCUUCCAGUUGACACUGCGCCCUGACCUGCCCGAGCCGGUUAGCUGCAGCUGUGACUGCCGGUCAGGAGGUUAAGGCAAAGGUUGAGUGUCACACCCACAGGGUCACAGCGAUGCCUGCCUGUUGUGUUAGGCUGUGAAUGGAGAGUUCACAGUGCCAGACGAGGUGGCGAGCCCCUGACGCUCCGACUCCUGCCUGAGCUCGCCCUUUCCCGAGCAGAGGUCACCGGAGAGGGCCCGUCCUCCCGCUCCCCCCGUGCCUCCAGGUCACCAUCGCCAUUGUUGUAAUAGCUGCCAUUAGAGCAGAUGAUACAAUUAUCUUUCCAUUUUGUGUUGCCGCUCUCUAAGAUCUGCGUUAAGCUUCUGAGUUCAUCAAAGGUUUUUUUCGAUGACACGAUUGUUGUAACCUCUGUGUGACUCUUGUGUCAAAGGCAACGCAAUAAAGCAAAAUGUCUCCUGGAAAGAAAAGGAUUUUUUUUCUUUUGUUUAUCCUCGAGAGGUGGAAAAAGUAUUCAGAUGUUUUAUUCUGGUAACUAAAAGCACUCUAUUAAAAGUCUGCAAUCAUAAAAUCGUCCUUUCAGUUAUCAAAAUAAAAGUAGUGACAGUUUAUUCAUUUUAAACAGCGUGUUAUUUUUUAAUACAUUGAACGCCCAAAUAUCUUGCCACUGCGGCAAACUGGAGUAAAAUGUUUAUUUUCAUUUAAAAUAUACUAACAGAGUGUAACCUCAGUAAUCAUUCAAUAUACUUUGUUACAUUAUUACUGUCUGAGAAUUCCAGAUCUAGUAGAUACAACAAAAAAAUGUCCAACUUCAAUGAUCCAUAAACACAUAUAUAUUUGCUGUUGUUGGGUU